AUGGCAACUGAACGAUCUCUAGCUGCUUUGCUACGGUCGCUGCAGACGACUUCCAGCUUUGAAGAUGCUUCUGGUCUCCUUCCCACGGCGACCAGUUUCCUGUCUAUUCUCGGCAACCCUUUGAAUCUAAGCUUGCUCGCGUCGCAGCUCCUUUCCGCGCCUGCGCUGUGGAAUCACCCCGUUGAUUUACAUGCUUGUCGCAAGAUCCUUAGCGUGUUCAAUACAGCUGCGAUCGCGGUUUUGCAGAAUGAUACGGAGGAGGAGGCGCAGAUACCCCACGGACGCCAUCGAAAGAUUGAGCGUGAGGCAUGGGUGAAGGCUGUCGUGGAGGGCGCGGAUGAUAAGUCGCCGCGCUGGAGACAUAUGCUUCUCUUGGGUGGGAUACUGCUUGGGUUUGAGGGACAGAAUAGACAGGGCCUUCCCAGGAAUACUCGAGUCAAGCUUGAGUCGGCGCUGGCUACAGCGGCGCAAUUGGCGCUUGAGGAGCUGGAUCCUAAUGCGGGGGUCGAUGGGCACUGCGUCACUAUGGUAUUGAACUAUACAUUUGAGCUCUUGUCUGAUAUGGAGAGGAGCAAUAUCAACUAUGACCUCUUAUUGCCGGUUAUGAUAAGAUCGACUUAUCUUUCGCCUGAGGGGCUUGAGGGGGGUUACUUCUUGGGCGCUAUUGAUAAGGAUGUGGUUGAGGUGCCGGGGAGGAAGUUCCGAUGGGCAGCAAACUCUGCGACGUUUGGCUAUGUCUCUGCGAUUGGCUCUCGUCCUCUGGUGUCUGCAUUGGGGCCUCUUUCUCGCCUUGCCUCGCAUGCUGUUGAAAAUGUGCGGGACCCGAAGCUGGUUGCGCAAACUAUCGACUACUUGGCGGACUUUGUCCGCACUCUGAUGGUCCAGUGGCGGCAAAACAAACUGUCCGAGAUUGAUGUUACAGAAGAAACUGAGUUUUUGGAGCCGGAGUCUAUGAAAACUACGAUUCCCACGCUAUGGAAGGUUCUCCGAAAUUGCUUGUAUUCGGUCGUCAUUAUCCUGCGCGCCGUUCUGGGGAGAACGAUCAAUGAUCCGGCCCUCGCUGCUGGCAGCAGUGCGCCAUACCUCUCAAUGCAAUCGCUGCAUAUCCUCCGCAACCUCUAUUUCAUAUCCUCUCGCACUGGUCAAAAUGCGUCGUCACAGCAAACCUUUGUUUUCUUAGCAGCCAUCGAUAUUCUCUCACAGUAUCCCGAUUUGACGGAAAAUUUCUUGCGCAGCAUCAAGCCCAGCGACCUCGGUCAGAUCCCUGACCAUCCAGUGGAGCGGUGUUUGGAUAUCUUCUUCUUAAACGUGGCUGAGCACUUCCCUUUGGUUUUAUCCCCCGAAGCCAAUGAGGAAUUGCUUCUUUCUGCCGCCUUCCCAUACCUUGCGGCUGGUGCAAAUAGCCUGCUUUUGGAGAUCUUUGAAGCUGCCCACAGCUUGGUACUAGUCGUGUUCGCUAUCCCUCAUAAUGCGGAUCUAGCUGCGAAGCACCUGCCCUUUUACAUUGAGAACCUCUUUGCAGUAUUCCCGGAAAACCUCUCAGCGAGACAGUUCCGUCUUGCUUUCAAGACAGUCAUUCAGGUCACAGCACCUCCUUCACCAUUAGCAAACAGCCAACCACUACUCCCAUCCAUUCUACUCGAGGUAGUCCGAGAUCGAGCUCUCCACGCAUCAACUACGCCCAUACCCCCCACCGUACAGAACAGCUCGACGCCCGACCUAGGCAAAGCGCCGCCACUCUCCGCACAAGCUGUACUCACACUUGCCUUGAUCGACUCACUUUCCUUCCUCCGCGUCGAUGACCUGAAAGAAUGGCUCCCCCUCACAGCCGAGCUAAUCAAUGCAAUCCCCGAUCCCGCAAUGCGCCAAGCCUGCGUCGACCGCUUCUGGGAAGCAUUGAGCGGCGGCGAAAUGGACGUGGACCGAGCGCACUGCUGCGUGGCCUGGUGGAGCACCCGCGGUGGGCGCGAACUUCUCCUUUUCGGAGCCCAGCCAGCACCAGGCGCCGUUCCGGACGAUGAUAACGGGCCGUAUAUGAGUGGGGCGGUGGGUGGAGUGGCACCGGAGCAUAAACUAUGA